UGAGCACAGUUACAGCGUAAUGCUAGUGGCUUCUGGUAUGUGGCUCACAUUUUCAGUGCGAUAUCGAAACAACUUGGUAUAGAGACUUUCAAGUAUAUUUUUGCGUCUAAACUUAUUUGUCAAAAUAUGGGCCUACUUUCCUGUUUUACAGGCUGAUCAGCCUAUUGAAAUAUGCGACAACGCGUUAAAUGUGCAAUAUGUGAAUCGCGCCUACGAGUCAUCCACUGGAUGCCGGCGGAGUGAAGUGCUUGGCACAAAGUCUUCGGAUAUUCGGCGAAAAUCGUUGCAUAGUUGUGUACCUCGUGCAAAAGAUGGAGACAGUGACGCGGGACACAGAGCAAGUAAUGAUUGGCGCUGCAUACAGGUGCCGGGAAGCUCAACUAGUCCUCAGUUUGUUUAUAUGAAGCGCAACAGUGCAGAUUCGGCGAUGUGUCGUGACAUAUCACUGAAAAGUGUACGAUCGCAGGCAGCACUGGUCGAUGCACCUAUCAAUGAGGUAUCGUACUUUGUUGUACCAGCAGCAUACAUUCAUUUUUCUAAAAAACUAUGAAU